GGGAAGCCAUCGUCCAUUUGAAGGGACACCCAUCUGCUGGUUGCUGAGUGGAGAAGGGCGCAGUGUGUAACUUGACCGUUAUCUGGCACAUUCGGGGCAUUCGCGAUGACGGACGCAGUGGUCAGCUUUCUGAAGGACUUCCUGGCGGGCGGCAUUGCGGCGGCCAUCUCCAAGACCGCCGUCGCCCCCAUCGAGAGGGUGAAACUCUUGCUGCAGGUCCAGCACGCAAGCAAGCAGAUCUCCGUGGAGAAACAGUACAAAGGGAUCAUGGACUGUGUAGUGCGGAUCCCCAAAGAGCAGGGCUUUAUCUCCUUCUGGAGAGGCAAUCUGGCCAAUGUGAUCCGCUACUUCCCCACGCAAGCCCUGAACUUCGCCUUCAAGGACAAGUACAAGACGGUCUUCCUCGGAGGCGUCGACAAGCGGACGCAGUUCUGGCGCUACUUCGCCGGGAACCUGGCGUCCGGCGGCGCGGCCGGGGCCACCUCGCUGUGCUUCGUGUACCCGCUGGACUUCGCCCGGACCCGGCUGGCCGCCGACGUGGGCAAGGGCGUCACCGAGAGGGAGUUCAGCGGCCUGGGCAACUGCCUCACCAAGAUCUUCAAGUCCGACGGCCUGCGGGGCCUGUACCUCGGGUUCAACGUUUCAGUCCAGGGAAUCAUCAUUUACCGAGCCGCGUACUUCGGCAUCUACGACACUGCUAAAGGCAUGAUGCCGGAUCCCAAAAACGUGCACAUCAUCAUCAGCUGGAUGAUUGCGCAGACCGUCACCGCUGUUUCCGGCUUGGUGUCAUACCCCUUUGACACCGUCAGACGUCGUAUGAUGAUGCAGUCAGGCCGGAAAGGAGCUGACAUUAUGUACAAGGGCACAAUCGACUGCUGGAAAAAGAUUGCAAAAGACGAAGGGCCCAAGGCAUUCUUCAAGGGUGCCUGGUCGAACGUCUUGAGAGGCAUGGGUGGUGCUUUCGUAUUAGUACUGUACGAUGAAAUUAAGAAAGUUGUCUAAGUAUUAAAUGCAGUUGCACCGAAGUUCAGUUGUGUCGUGCUGUGCUGAAACUGAUUUAAAGGGCAGCGACCUUGAGGAGGAGGAAGAGGAUGGUGUUCAUUCUCUGCACCAACCACACAGAGACGAGAUCCAGGUGGCAAAGCUGGGGUAGCACAACAGGUAGAGGCAUGUAGGUAAUAGAUCCAACGUCUCUUCCAGUCUGAACAUAUCACCGCGAAAUUCUGUGCAAUAUGGGUGCUUCAGUCCUGGAUGUUUCUGAGCUAAACACAGAAAGUGAAUUUCCAUUUGGAAAAGAAAAGACAGCACAGAAUGUCUUAAAAUCCUACUGUAUUCAUUUAUUUUAUACCGAUUUUUUUACAGCGGUAUUUAUCUUUCUUUUUUUUUUUCCAAAUGGGGCUGACAAUCCAAUGUGUUCUUUUACUAUGAGAUUAAAAGGCUGCUGUGCCCGGCUGUCUGAA